AUGAAGCUGUUAUACUGGAACCGAAGCACGGAUUGUUGCCACUGGAAUGGUGUGCAAUGCGACAAAGCAGGCCAUGUUAUCAGUCUGGACCUGAACAAUGAAUCAAUCACUGCCGGAAGUGAAAAUAUCACCUGUCUUUUUAGUCUUCAAUUUCUUCAGAGCCUGAAUUUGGCUAACAACUUUUUCAACUACGCACAAUUACCACCCGGGUUCAACAAUCUCACCAGUUUGACGUAUCUGAAUCUAUCAAGCACUAGUUUUGCCGGGCAAGUUCCAUCGAUUUCUCAAUUGAAAAGCACUAGUUUUGCUGGGCAAGUUCCAUCGAUUUCUCAAUUGAAAAGGUUGGUUACUCUUGAUUUAUCCACCCUUUACUUUGAAGGACCUUCUUCCCUGAAACUUGAGAUGCCAAAUUUGAAGAUGUUUAUGCCAAAUUUGAAGAUGUUUGUUCAAAAUCUCACAGAGCUUAUUGAACUUCAUCUUGAUGGCGUUAACCUAUCAGCACAGGGAAAUGAGUGGUGCCAGGCCUUGUCUUCGUCAUUACUUAAUUUGAGAGUCUUGAGCUUGUCAAAUUGUUAUCUUUCAGGCUCUAUUCAUUCUUCCCUUGCAAAGAUUCAGUCCCUUUCGGUGAUCCGUCUGAAUCAUAACAAUCUAAAUGCUCCUGUUCCAGAAUUCCUUGCGAAUUUCUUGAAUUUGACAGCCUUGAAUCUCGGUUUUUGUAAUCUGUACGGAAAUUUCCCUGCAAGUAUAUUGCAGGUACCAACUCUACAGACGCUUGACUUGUCUUAUAAUACAUUACUUCAAGGAACUUUGCAAGAAUUUCCCCAGAAUGGAUCUCUACAGACCCUGAAUCUUAGCUACACCAACUUUUCAGGAGCACUACCAACUUCUGUUGGUAACCUUGGGAUGUUGUCCGAGAUAAAGCUAUCGAAUUGCAGUUUCAGUGGACCAUUGCCUUAUUUGAUGGCAAACCUCACUCGGCUUCUUUAUUUGGACUUGUCAUCCAACAUGUUUAUGGGUCCAAUCCCAUCAUUUCAGAAGUCUAGGAAUCUCACCCAUAUAGACCUCUCUCGUAACAAUUUAGUGGGAUCGAUUACUUCCAUUCACUUAGAGGGUCUUCUCAAUCUUGUAUAUAUUGAUUUGCGAUUCAAUUCGUUCAGUGGGAGUAUUCCAUCAUUUCUGUUUGCUCUCCCAUCGUUGCAGAAACUUCAGCUUUCAAACAACCAUUUUGAUGGUCUACUUCCAGAGUUUCCCAAUGCAUCCUUGUCAAAGUUGGAUACACUUGAUUUGAGUAGCAACAAUUUAGGAGGAGCCAUUCCCGAGUCUCUCUUUGAACUCAAAAGGCUUAUUAUCCUAUCACUGUCAUCCAACAAUUUCAACGGCACUAUACAGCUUGAAAUGAUUUACAGGCUCAACAAUCUUGCCACCAUCGAUCUUUCAUACAACAGUUUGUCAAUUGAUGCAAGAGGCACUAAUUCUAGCUUUUCUCCCUUGUCUCGGAUCACCAGUUUGAACUUGGCUUCUUGCAACCUGCAAAGUUUUCCUAAUUUGAUUCCAAAAUUUGAUCAGUCUAGUAUUACUAAAACUUAA